CGCCCGUUGACAAUAUUUAUUGGCAGGCGGGAGAUGAAGUGACUUUCGAUCACAGUGUGCAUCUCACAAAUACGCACGGUUCGCGACGCCGCUACAUUCGGCCAGCCGGGCAAACCUGGCAAACCUCGCCAUCUCAAACAAGCAGGGAGAUUGGUUGAUCAGGCCGAGUCAAGCCUUCAUAGUAUACGCGAAAAUUGAAACGGAGUCACGAAAACGGCUCCAGGCAAUGGAUGUCAGACUGCUGCCGGCGAGAUUCUGUCCAUGCACCACCCACAGCCUGUCUUGGGACGGCAACCUUCCUUUGGUGCCCGACGCCAGUGUCUGGUCCCCGGUUUCUUCCUCUAGACCAGCCGGCCUUAACAACCCUACCACGAAGAGCCUGUUUGUAUGAUACGCCUCGCUCAGUACACCUGGGCCAACGGGACUGCUACGAUGGCAUGGCCAAUUUACCAUUUGUGUCCGUCUCUUUAUCCGUGGGUCUGGCUACAUCAGCUACCCUCCACGGGACCUCGACAGCAUGCAGGCUAGAAGGGUGGCGGCCAGUGGAGUGGGAGACACCCGCAGCAGCCAGGGCAAGGAGUGGACAGGCAGCACAUGGGCCAGGCCAUAAGCCCAGGAUCCAUGCCGGAUGGACGGUUGACGGUUGCCCAACAGACUUCCCGCCGUGCAUUCAUGGUCCGUCCCUUGGUCGCUGUCCGGCGUUCUCCAGGUCUGACGGCGGCGAUUGACGAUUGCACUACGGCAUACCAUGGCCGAUGCGCAGGCAAGACGUCUCGUACUGAUGCAACUUCACCACCAGGCAGGCUACGCUACUUCUCUCUAGUGAGACAUCAACACAAAGCAGGCUAGCAGCAGUCCGGCUAAGCACCGUGUUCCGUCUUCUGAGGCAUGAUCAAUUCUUGAUUGAUGCUCUGUGAUGGACUUGGACGUCGUUCACAUCGGGGAAGGAGC